CGGCAUUUUGAAUGCGUAUGACAGGUGUACAUUGCAAACAAAAUGGCGGACCCCGUGAGCACUCUGGAAAGUCUUCAAAAAUUGGGGUUUACAGUAUUAAAUAAGCAAUGGGUUGACGCUGUCUGGGAGCAGGACUUCACUGAGAAGGGAGAGCUCCCCCCUAGCCUUGCCCAGGACAUCUCUGACGGCUGGUCCUACUCCCGACUCCUGCAGCAGGCCAUAGGGGCCUGCGUCCCCUGGGCACGGAUCGACUUUGCCACCCUCCCCCAGGGCUUUUGGAGCGUCCUCUCUGAGAAUGGCCUGUCUCCUCGUGCCCUGCUGGCCCUGCUCCAUCAUCUCAUGUGCGGUGUGGAUAAGGUCCUAUCUUCCGCAGCCCAGCGAGAGAUCGCUGUGCUCUCUGCCAACCUCUACUUUGUCCUGAACGGAAUCCCGGGGAGUGGUGCAUACAAGAUAUUCCAUCUGCUGGUAUUUCAAGAGGCAGUGGAUCUCCUCAAACAGUGGCCUGACCCAGCAAAUGGGAAACGAAAGAGAAAUGCCUCUGGUGCGUGGUCCAGCCAGGCCUCCCAGGGCCGCCGUCCCACCAAGACGAGACGCGUGGAUGAGAGAAAUGAAGAUGGUAGCGCCGAGAGGAUAACGCCGCUUGACAGCGACGACGAUGAUGAAGACAAUGACGAGAUCACCAUCCUGACUCCCCAAGAAAUCGGCCGAAUCAAGUUGGCAGUGCUGGGGGCAUUGCGGGAUUUUGUCCACCUCCUGCGAAAUUCCACCCUGAAAGAUGCUGAGCAGUCUACCCAGCAUGCAAUGCAGGUGCUGUCAGACUUGACCCGGAUCACAGGAGACCAGAGCGAAAUCGAAGAAUUCGAUUCCACAGCAUCCCCAAGCUCAGUCACAUCUGUGACCCUCGUUGCAUAUCUUGGUCUAGGUGCUCUCUGCUCAACCUCCCAUGGCAGUGUGACCGACAUGUUCACAUUGGUAUUGAAACACCUGAUGCCCAACUUCUUGAUGCUGAUUGGUGAGAAUGAGUCAGUAGCCAUGGCAACCAUCCCCAGGACAACGCAGGUUAUCAAGGAUAAUGCUAUUGCAUUCAUUCGCCGUAUGGCCCUCGACCUGGAAGAGCGAGCAGUUCCCAGCCUCCGUCUGCUUCUCCAGCACCUUUGUGUCAAGGUGCCCGACAAGGCCGAGUACCGGGCAAAGAUGGCUCACACCGUGGUCGUAGCCUUGAUGUUCAUGCCCGUGGAGCACAGGGCAAGGUUUAUUGAAUGGCUGUACAAGUACUCCAGGAAUGUGAAGAUCGGUCAUCGUGUCUUUGCCCUGGAGGUGGUUUCUGUGCUGCUAGAGCAGCUGACGAAUGCUAAGGCCCACGAGGCACCUGCAGGUGCAAUGGCACCUGCAGGUGCAAUGACACCUGCAGGCGUAACAACACCUACAGGUGUGCCCGCACCUGAAUCUACACCUGCACCUGAAGGUGCGCCUGCAGUUUCACCCGCUGUACCUUCAGGCAAUAGCAGCCAGCAGUACUUAUCGCCCACCUUCUUGACACAGCUGCUGCUUUCACGCUGCUCAGACAGGGCUCCUACGGUGCGUGCCAAGGCACUGACAUGCUUUGCCGAGUUCACCACCUCAACGAACCCAACUAUUCAGCAGGCCCUGACUGAGCUUUUCUACACCUCCGCGGGCCCCACCACCCCAGCUGCGCUUCUGCAGUCGGGUACUGGAACUCUGGGGUCUGGUCCCCGGGGCAACCGUCGCGAUUCUGACCAGACGAAUGAGGGGGAGAAACAGGCCCAGGAUGGGGCCACGCCCGGCAACCUCAUGGGCGGGUCUCCAGCACUGCUAUUGGAGAUUUCUAGUGGAAGUCCUUCUGAGAAUGUGGGUCAGAACAUUAUCGCCAUGCUUCAGAAACGAGCCUGUGAUGAAAAAGUGGGCGUCCGGAAAGCUGCUCUCCAGGCCCUGGAGAACAUUCUCCGUCUCCCCGGCAGCACUGUCACCGCCAACGAGCUGCGGAUCCUUCACAAUGCCUGCCUGGACCCGGCGCUGUCCGUCCGCAAGCAGGCCAUCGUUUCGCUCACCAUGCUGCUGAUGGAGAAGAAGACGAGUGUGCCCCUGCAGAAAGUCUGGCUCCAGAGCGUCCUGCCCGGAGUGAUGGAUCGAGAAGUGUCAGCCCAAGAAAAAUGUCUGCAGCUUCUGAAAGAGGUUUUGCUGGAUGGCAUCGCGGCUCGUAGCCACAGCGACAAUGAGGAAUCACGACUGUCAUGGAACCUGCUCGGUCUUCUCUCUGCGAAUGACUCCGGAGAUCUGAGACGCUACCUGCCGAGGGCUUGUCAGCUGUGGGCCAAGCAGAAACUGCUGUCCAGCAGUUUGGUCCGAGCACUGACGUCCCACAUUAACCAUGAGAAUGACCAGGCGGCGUGGCUCCUGUUGGCUGAGGUUGCGCCCUGCUCACCUACCUUUGACUCCGCCAUCAUCCAACAUGCCUGGGAUCGCUACAAGCGGGCCGACUCCCCAGUCCAGCUGGUCACUCUGCAGCGCGUGCUGUCAGUCGUGGGCAGUCUGGCCGGUCGCUUCAAUGAGGAGGCACGGCAGGCGAUGAUCGGCGAUAUCAAGGAGAGGCUGCUGGCCUUCGAUGCCUCACCGGAGCUGAGCGGAUCGCUGGUGACUGCCCUCAACAAACUGUGCCUCGCGGUCGACGGCACCGUAGACAAGACCAGCGCCCUCAUGGAAACCAUCGCGGAGGACGUCCUGCAGGCGUGCCACGCCUACCUGUCCAAGGUCAUCCUGGAGGACAGCCCCACCCAGGUCCGGGUGUGCGAGGAGACGCUGGUGCGCCACCUGGGCACCCUGGGGGAGGUGGCCCGCCUCUGCCCGGCCAAGACGUCCCGUCGGGUCUUCAUGCUGGUCCAGUCGCUGCUGGCCGGGCCCACCCGAACAGAAGGUGACUCCAUCCCAAGUAGCCAGAGCUCGUCCUCCCAGAGCCAGCCGCCCCUCUCCCAGUUUGGCCAGGCGGGGUCGCUCUCCGACACGGUCCGGGCCCACGUCUUCGUCACCCUGGGCAAGCUGUGCCUGUUGCACGAGAGCCUGGCCAAGCAGUGCGUGGCGGCUCUGUCGCGGGAGCUGGAGACCUCGACCAAUCCAGCGGUCCGCAACAACGUGGCCGUCAUUAUGUGCGACCUGUGCAUCAGAUAUCCCAACCUGGUGGACCGGUACAUUUCCAACCUGUCCAUGUGCUUCCGAGACGAAUCCAAACUGGUCCGCAAGCAAAGCCUUACUCUCCUGACCCACCUGCUCCUGGAAGACUAUGUCAAAUGGAGAGGCCCGCUGUUUUUCCAUUUCAUCAUGAGCCUCGUCGAUGACGUCCAAGAAAUACGUGAGUUUGCCGAGUUCUCGCUGGUCCAGCUUCUCCUGAAGUGUCACCCCAACAUGUUACACCAGCACUUUGUGGAAUCGGUCUUCUACUUCAACGCCUAUUACAAGCACAGCGUCUACAAUCAGUUCAGCCAGACGGAUCGUGAGAAGCAGUUGUUUUCCUUGAAGGGCGCCCCCAAUGCCGGCAAAAGGAGAACCAUCUACAGCUUCAUGCUGCAGCACAUGACAGACGAGCAUCGCUUCAAACUCACCGCCAAACUGUGCCAAGAGGUCCUCGCUGCCAUUGUGGAUGGCGUUCUCCCUCUGGAUGAAGAGACGGACAUCCUCCUUCAAGACACAUUGGACAUCCUCUGCUGCAAGGAGAUCAAGUUGGCCUCUCUGCGAUCCAGGCCGACCGCCGACAUCGACGACCAGAUGGAGAUGGCCGAAGCGGUCAUCAAUCAGGCCAAGACGAAGAUCAUCACGCAGGUGGUCAAGCGCAACGUCAUCGAGAACAUUGUGCCUGUUGUCAUCGCGUUAAAGCACACGCUGGAGAAGGCCCACUCUCCUACCCUCCGCCACCUGAUGCUGUACCUCAAACAGCUAAUGAAAGAUUAUCGCAACGAGGUCAAAGACAUCUUGGCUGCUGACCGGCAGCUGGCAACGGAGAUUGAGUUUGACCUGAGACGGUUCGAGGAGGAGCAGGCAGAGGCUGCCAAGAAACAGCAGGCAGCCUUGGUUGCCCUGGCAACUUCUCGUCCGGGAAGCAGACCUGCUACACCCAGAAGCAAGCAGGCCACACCCCUCGCCUCCCCUCAACAGUCUGCUGGCUUGCCUGCCGUACUUUCCCCCAGAGCUGUCGCCAACUGUUCUCCAAGAAUCAUCCGCACCCCAUGGGGGGCGGGUGCUGUGAAUGGGGCCACGCCCAAAGCCACGCCCAGUGCCGCGCCCCAAGACUCUAAUGAGGGCGCACCGGGAACCAAUGACAUGGGCAUCCAAGAGGGCGGGUUGGCUACGCCCAUCAGGGCCAACAGGCCGAUCUCCCUGGCUGCCCAAGCUAUCGUCAACUCGGCCCGGAGGGCCAUCGCAUCGGCUAAGCGCUGCCCUCCAGUGACAGGAAGUCGCCAGCGAGCAGAUGAAGUCCAGCGUUCAGACCCAGUCACUGUGGAAUCCCAGGAGCGAUCUCCCUUAAAGGAAAAGCAAUCCACUGCCCAGAACAAGACUCCGCUUCGUCGUGGAUUGAGAAGCCGCGCCAUCAGUACCCCUGAUCAGACCAUUGCUAACAUCACCUUCCAAGCACCCAUGGAUCUCAGCCUCAUCCCCCAGUCACCCUCUCCCAUCCCCAGUUCCCUUCCCAUCAGGGUCCUCGGCGAUGUCGACCUGAAAAAGGUCGUUGGCACAGCGAGUUGGACUCCUCAGCUGGAGUUGGAGAAUAAAAAAGAUUUACUGGUCAUGCUGUCCCCUGAGCAACCGACACCGAAGCCCCGCACAUGGAACAUCACCUCCCCCAGACAGGGGGCUCAGCGCGCCCCACGCACAAGGAUCAACAGUGCCCCUGGGGGCGCCGAAGCCAGACCCCUGGGGGACCAGCGCAGGGCUCUGGCCAGCACCUCCUCAGCUUCCCAUGGGGCAGAAGAGGCGGAGACACGCCCACGCAGGAUGAGCUCACGAGGGAAGAUGAAAUGAUCCAGACUGACUGAGAAUUAACCAGUGAGCCUUUUGAGUGAAGCGUUCAUGAAUCAUUGGAAAGAAACCAUAUUUUCAAUCAUGCUUUAAAAGUCUUUAAGUUCAACAAUUUUUUUCCUAAAAGAGUGGUCGAUGCUCAAAGUAAAGAUUCAUAUAACAUGGUUGAAGCAAUACAUGUAACAAGAUAAAUUUAAGGUUCCCCAGUCUUUGCGUUAAACAUGUAAUACCAACAUUGAUAAUUUCAGAAAAAUUCAAGGACUCUCUUCCACGAACAAGUUCCUGUCUUGUACUGAGAAUAUGAAUCAUAUAAAUAACAAUGAGCUACCAUUGGCCAAUCAGAAAUAGAAUUUGAAGCUCAUUCACUCUGUAUUGUCCAAUCACGUUCAUUUUUCUGUCUGGUGACUGGGGCCUCUUUGACAUGACGUUGAAAACUUAUUCCUUUUUGUCAACUUUUAGAAAACUAUUUUUCUCAAAAAAAAAUUGCUUGUCUACAGGUACUCUGCAUCCAUGAAUAAGAGGUGUGAGUGGCCCCUUAAAAUUAAAGCUAAAAACAGCUAGCAAAAAGCUGAAAUGUAAAAAAGUUCCCAUACUUUUGUGCAGACAAGGUGUACAAAAAAGCUGAAAUUCAGGGUCAACAUCUACUCACAGAAAAGCUGAAGUCAGAUAAAAGCUAAAUUCUCACACCCCUGAUGAAUAGAGCAGGUACAUGUACUCAACAGUUCUGCUGAAAGAGCAAUUAUUUGACUGGUCCACUAUCCCCUUCUUGUGUAAUAUUUGCAGCUUGUCAGUCAUCAAAUUCCAUGGCACAGUGAUGGUGUUGAAACAGUUCGGUUUUCCAGCCCUACAAAAACCAGGUUUCAGUUAUGACAUAUGAAAUUAUUAGCUUGUCCCACCACUCUUGUUAAUAACUAGAGUUGACUGUUCCUCAUAAUGAGUACAAGUUUAUUUUACUGGGUUAUGAUUUCUGUUUAACUAGUAAACCGUAGAGAGUAUGUUUUGCUCAGACUUUGAGCAGUUUCUUUACUGUGAAUUGAACGCAUUCUGGUAGAAAUGUUAAUUUUUCAACAUUCUGGUUUUGCUAAGAACUGAGGAAUAUUCGCGAGUCAAACCUGGAUGGUAAUGCAUCCUCAUAAAAUUUAUUUCAUUCAAAAGCUCUGUAGAGAUGUAGAGUGUAUUUCAUUUGUCCACUUGGUUUACUAACUUGAAAUAAAAACCAUUACACCCAAGAAAUGUAUUUAACCCGAACCCCAAGGGUGUAUGUAAAAUCGUAUUGAAAUUGGAGGAUUUGGGACUGUUAGGGUUAACAAAUAAUACUCUAAGUAUGACAGAUGAAUCACAGAGAUGUAACGGUUAUGUAGUUAUGUUUUAUUUAUCAGGUAAUGAAAGUUUCCUUUAGACAGCAAACCUCCUCAUUCAAAAUAGAGCAUUCUUUCAGUUUAAAUGGCAACUUCUUUGGUUAUACUUCUCUCCAUUUAAUCGUGACAUUUCACAAACACUUUGUUCUUUCAUGGAAAAUAACACCUUCUUGCGUUGUGCAGUGUCUGAAUA